AUGCUUGUCGCAGUCCUCCUCUCCCUUGCUGUCGAGCAGGUCUCCUCCACAGCUCUACCGUUGUCGUUACACCGGCGCUCCUUCGAUGCUGUGAACGGUAUCAUACUCGCCAGCGGAAAGCCUGAUAAUAGCGGUGGGCACGGGAAAGACCCUAUCAGCGAGUGGUCUUCGACCAUCGGAAUAGUCACUGCGAUUGUAGGGAACGUCCUGAUUUCACUUGCUCUGAAUAUCCAGCGAUAUGCCCAUGUUCGUAUUGAACGAGAAUAUGAAGGGAACAUACUGCGUCUGAGGGCAGAGUGGAAACGGUCAUCACCCAGGCUAGAGGGUCGCUCGAGUAGCCAUAAUUAUGGGACGGUGGAUGGAGAAAAUACCCAUGGCCAGGAAGACAUCAAUACAUCUCGGUAUACUGAUGACCCAGAGGAAGAACAACGAUCACGCAAGGCUCACACUAAUGGAAAUGGAUAUACCAAUGCUCAAAGUCAGAACAACCAAUCUGUAGAUGAUGAGGAAGCGGAUGAUCCACUACAAGACUCGUUUCUCUCCGACCGGACGGCCACAUCGUUUGAGAAGAGCAUUGCAGGUGUUGACAGGAAGUCAUAUCUUCGCUCGUCAUACUGGUGGGCUGGGAUCAUACUGAUGACUGUGGGAGAGGCUGGGAAUUUCCUGGCCUACGGGUUUGCUCCAGCUUCUAUCGUUUCGCCCUUAGGCGUCGUCGCACUUGUGUCGAACUGUGUUAUUGCGCCGUUUAUGCUCAAGGAGAGAUUCCGCCAGCGGGAUUUCAUGGGAGUUGUGAUUGCUGUUACUGGGGCAGUUAUUGUCGUUUUAAGUGCAAAAACGUCUGAAAACAAAAUCGGCCCAGAUGAGAUAUGGGAUAUGAUCACUCGUUGGGAAUUUGAGACAUAUCUGGGGAUUACGGUAAUUUUGAUCAUUGCCUUGAUGUCGAUAAGCAGAAAAUACGGGAGGAAGACCAUUCUGAUUGAUAUCGGCCUUGUUGGCUUAUUUGGCGGGUAUACAGCUUUGUCGACCAAGGGCGUAUCCUCUCUGCUCUCAAAUACCCUUUGGCAUGCAAUUACAUUCCCCAUAACCUAUGUCCUUGUGGCUGUACUGGUAUUGAGUGCAGUGAUGCAAAUUCGAUAUAUCAACCGCGCACUUCAACAUUUUAACUCGACGCAGGUUAUCCCAACUCAGUUCGUGCUUUUCACUUUGUCGGUCAUUAUGGGAAGUGCCAUAUUAUACCGUGACUUCGAAUCUGCAACUGGAGAACGGGUUGCAAAGUUCGUUGGUGGUUGUGUCUUGACCUUCUUUGCAGUCUAUCUCAUCACCAGCGGAAGGGCCCAGAAGGAAGACGAUUCGGAAUCAGAGCCGGAAAGUGAUGAGGAGGAAGCCAUCGGUCUUCAAAACGAUGAACCCUACAGGGAUUAUGUUGACUGGCAAGGAGAUGGUGCGCCAAUGCCUAAUAACCAGAACACUGAUACCACUGGUAGGUUUACACACACAAAGCCGUCUCCGUCACGCUCACUCCAGAGCCUCGAGGAGGUUUAUAACGAAUCUGAAGAAGAUGAUGGUGGACAGCUGACUCCGCGUGCCCGGAUGUCUACGUCCCCUGGCUCAUUACUGCCUCCUAUUUCAAGCGCCUCUUCUAUCUUAGAUCCAUCUCCGCUACCUGCCUCUAAUAAUCCCUGGGCGACACCUACCCAUGAGAGAGAGGAGCCAGACUACAGCAUCACGACAGCCGACAAGGAUACCACAGCCCAUAAUACAGACGUAUACCCACCCCCAACAAAUGUAGUCUUGCAGUUCCCUGCUGCUCCUGGUGCUACGGAUUCGCCGCCUCGAUUUUCACCUCCUCAAAAUGGCCCACAGACACCGCAAGGAAGCCCCCGUCGCCGCUCGCCAACCAGAGCAGAGUACGGCAGCAACAAGCUAUCUGGACAGCCUCUACGUACUUCUGGCCCAGCACAUCGAAAUUCCCUCUCUCGAUUUUCCCCUGGCCCUCUCCUACCUCCGCUAUCAGGCGGGUUAAGUGCUGUUGUUGCAGACUCACUACGACGGGGAGAAGGGUCCCCCCAACAACACCGAAAGAGCAUGCGUGGAAGCGCCAGACAAAAGUCUAAAACCAGAGUACGGCCUGGUAUCCCCCUUUACCUUGACCCUACGCUAGAUCCUCGCCCAGUGGUCGAAGUUGAAAAUGAGACGAUUGGCAUCCUCGCUCGUCCGAGAGAUAGCCCCAAAAUAUCACGAUCAACUUCCACGACAGGCCCCGAGGCUCUACCGGGCGAACAGCAGCGGAUCAGAAGCCUAAGUGAUUCAUGGAGUGGCGGCCUUUUGAACUUUGGAGGGACCUUACGGCUUCCUGGCCGUCGAUCAAAGGGCAAGCUUCCUGAGAAUCCUUCCGAUGAGCCUUCCAACCGUCCAGCCCACCCAUAA